UCCAGCUGUUCGCACCGCUGUCCCGUGUCCCCGCCGCCGCUCUCUUGUCUUUAAUGCAGCCUUCACAAUGACAGGCAUCGCCGCCGCUUCAUUCUUUUCCAACAGCUGCAGGUUCGGGGCCUGCGGGCUAAACUUCGACUCUUUGGCCGAGCUCAUCGUGCACAUCGAGGACAACCACAUCGAUACAGACCCUCGUCUUCUAGAGAAGCAGGAACAGACACAGCCCACAUAUGUCGCUCUUAGUUACAUCAACAGAUUCAUGACAGAUGCUGCGCGGCGAGAACAUGAGGCCUUGAAGAAGAAGGUGCAGCCGAAGUCGUCUCUGAGCCGGACCACUCCUCCACGACACUCUAAUGGAAGCCUCACUCCCCCCGUCACUCCACCCAUCACCCCCUCAUCAUCCUUCCGCAGCAGCACCCCCACAGGUAGUGAAUGUGACGAGGAGGAGGUGGAGUUUGAGGAGUCGGACAGUGACGAGUCGUGGACCACAGAGAGCGCCAUCAGCUCCGAGUCCAUCCUCAGCUCGAUGUGCAUGAAUGGAGGCGACGAAAAGCCUUUCGCCUGUCCUGUCCCGGGCUGUAAGAAGAGAUACAAGAAUGUUAACGGGAUCAAGUAUCAUGCAAAGAACGGUCACCGGACCCAGAUCCGAGUACGAAAACCCUUCAAGUGUCGAUGUGGAAAGAGCUACAAGACUCCUCAGGGCCUUCGUCAUCACACCAUCAACUUCCACCCCCCUGUGUCCACGGACCUCAUCCGAAAAAUGACCCAGUAAUCAACUACCAGCACUUUCUACUCAGACCAAUCAGCACCAGCUCUUUGUUACUCUUUUAAAGUUUAUUAUGUCUCAUUUUUACGUAUUAUGACACUAUUUUUGAUUGCAUGACAUCAACAUGUUCUACAUUUUAUUUUUUAUGAACAUUUCGGAUUGUUCACAGCUUUUGUAUUUUGCACAUGUAUCUAUUCAUUUAUUGUAGUGUCAAAAUUAAGUAUGAGUGAGAAGACUAUACCUGAAAGACAAGUGUUCAACUCACAAAUCCUUUUCAUUUUAUAAUAUAAUUUUAUGUUUCUUCUGUAAAAAUGACAUAAACAAACGUAAACUCAGGUGAGAACUGUAAGCAUUUCAGCACCACAUUACUACCAGAUUAUCUAGUUCUAGGAUAGCAACAAAAAAGUUCCAAAAAUUAAUGUCUUGGAUGAGAGAGAAAACUCUUUAUGACAUCUGGAAUCUUUCUUGGAUCUCUGUUGACUUACAGAGGGAUUGCACAAGUAUUAGUCGAAUUAUUUCAUGAGACCAAUUUCAUAUGGUCAUUGUUCCUGUCCCUCAGUAUUUUUACAAUAAUGCAUUCAAGCACUUUUUAAACAAAUAUUUACCUUUUGCCAGUGUGUCACUGUGCAGGGUUCUAAAUGUUUAGUGAAACAAAACAACCUCUCAGUACUGUUGCAUGUACCAGACUCUUGUAUACAGUUGCCUUUACUUACAAGGUUGUUCCCCAAACCUUUUAUAGCGUUGUUCUGGAGUCUUGUGACUCCAGUUUCUCAUGUGUGCCAUUGUUUUUGAUACAAAUAUUUUCUAUAUUUUGGCUAGCUAGGCUAGUAUACUUAUGUUACUGCGACACAUUCUCACAUUUAUGCAAUAGAAGUGUGGGAAACAUGCCUUCUUUGUGCCAUAUGAAAUCAUUAGAAGCCUCAUCUUUUUUACUGUUCUAUCUUGUUAUAAAUGAUGCCACCAGAGUGAGAAUUACAGUGAGUAAAAUGCAUGAUAAUUGUAAGUGUUGUA